AUGGCGUUUGAGAAGAUCAAGGUGGCAAAUCCCAUCGUUGAGAUGGAUGGUGAUGAAAUGACCCGAGUUAUCUGGAAGUCCAUCAAGGACAAGCUUAUUACCCCUUUUGUGGAGUUGGAUAUCAAAUACUUCGACCUUGGUCUUCCUCACCGUGAUGCUACCGAUGACAAAGUUACUGUUGAAAGUGCUGAAGCCACUAAGAAGUAUAAUGUGGCGAUCAAGUGUGCCACCAUCACUCCAGAUGAAGGCCGUGUAACGGAAUUUGGAUUGAAGCAGAUGUGGAGAAGUCCAAAUGGUACCAUAAGGAACAUUCUGAAUGGAACUGUAUUUAGGGAACCAAUUAUCUGCAAAAAUGUUCCCAAGCUUGUCCCAGGCUGGACAAAGCCCAUCUGCAUUGGAAGACAUGCUUUUGGUGAUCAGUACCGUGCCACUGAUGCUGUCAUCAAGGGACCAGGAAAACUGACUAUGACUUUCGAGGGAAAAGAUGGGAAAACUGAAACUGAAGUGUUCACAUUCACCGGUGAAGGUGGUGUUGCUAUGGCCAUGUACAACACUGAUGAGUCCAUCCGUGCUUUCGCUGAGGCGUCAAUGAACACUGCUUAUGAGAAAAAGUGGCCACUUUAUCUUAGCACAAAGAACACCAUUCUUAAGAAAUACGAUGGGAGAUUCAAAGACAUCUUCCAGGAAGUGUAUGAAGCCAGCUGGAAGUCAAAGUAUGAGGCUGCUGGAAUAUGGUAUGAGCACCGUCUCAUUGAUGAUAUGGUGGCUUACGCUCUGAAGAGCGAGGGAGGCUAUGUGUGGGCAUGCAAAAACUAUGAUGGUGAUGUCCAAAGCGAUUUCCUGGCACAAGGAUUCGGGUCACUUGGAUUGAUGACAUCUGUUCUGGUCUGCCCGGAUGGGAAGACAAUUGAAGCUGAAGCAGCUCAUGGAACAGUUACCCGUCACUACAGGGUUCAUCAGAAAGGUGGGGAGACGAGCACAAACAGCAUAGCCUCCAUCUUUGCUUGGACUCGUGGACUUGCACACAGGGCUAAGUUAGAUGACAACUCAAAGCUCUUGGAGUUUACUGAGAAGCUCGAAGCUGCUUGUGUCGGUACAGUGGAGUCUGGAAAAAUGACCAAAGAUCUUGCUCUCAUCCUUCACGGCUCAAAGCUAUCGAGAGACACUUACCUGAACACGGAGGAGUUCAUCGAUGCAAUUUCAAAAUAA